AUGGCGUUCACCACGCAAGGAGACGAUGUGCCCGUUAUUGACGUCCACUUCCACUACUUCAUGCCCGAUGUCUUGGGCCCGAUGAAGGAGUUUGUCAUCGCAACCCCAGAGGAGCGUGACACUGCCAUGGAGAAGCUGCACACCAGAACCAUUGUCUACUCCCCCGUCAUCUGGAGUAAAUAUAACAGCGAGUGGUCCGCCGAGAAGUGGGCCGACCUGUGCCGCAAGUUCACCGACCACCAGGCAGCCGAGGUCGAGAAGGCGCCCGCCUCCGUGGGCUCUUUCGCCCCGCUGCCGUUUCCCCACGUCGCCGAGACCAUCGAAGCGCUCAAGUACGCCGAGGAGCAGUGCUCCACCAAGCCCGACGGCUACGCCAUCACCACGUCCGCGGCCAACAAGUAUCUCGGAGACCCGUCCUAUGACCCGAUCAUGACCGAGUGCGACCGGCGCGGCGUGGUGUUGUUUGUGCACCCCAACGAGACGGUGAUGCCGCCGCUGGACCCCAAGGUCUACGGCUGGCAGAUGAUUGAGUUUCCGACGGAGACGGCGCGCUGUCUGAUGUCCAUGGUAGAUCAGGGCACCUUCACAAAGUACCCCAACGUCAAGUGGGUCUUCAGCCACAACGGCGGCUCUUUCCCGUUCCUCUUCCAGCGCUGCAUCCGCACGCUGACGGGCUCCAAGCUCGUCGGCGUCGGCGGCCCAGGUGCCAAGCAGGUGAACCGCAUCGCGGACCACAACAACGGCCAGACCCUGCAGCACAUCUUCGGCGGCGGCAACAUCUACAUAGAGUGUUCGCAGGGCACGGCUGUGCAGACGGUCAUGCUGAAGAGCCUGGGCAUCCGCGCCGAGAACGUGCUGACGGGCAGUGACUGGCCCUUUACCGGUAAGGACGACGUGUCAUCGACGAUCAACGAGAUGUACGGGCCGGAGAAGAGCGGCAUGUACACGCCGCAGGAGAUCGAGUCGAUACGUGCAGGCAAUGCGCUGAGGCUGAUGCCGAGAUUGAAGGCCGAGUACAUCAAGAAGGGGUGGCUUAAGGAGUAGAUGGACAAUAAGGAGGUGGGACAGCGUGCUCGCUUUCAAUCUCAUGAAAAAUGUACAAUGUGCUCGCCGAGCUUGCGCCAAGGCGAGA